UUGGGAAUUCCAGUCUCUCAAUUUCCAGCUCCCAGAUGGGAUGCACGCCUGAACGGUAAGAAGGGCAUUCUUGUAAUUUCGUUGGCCGUCACUUGCAAUAUACGCGUGCCACCGUCAUAGGACAGCGGCGUGUUCUGACCUGCGCCAAAGCCCGGAGCUUUCACGGGAUUUACCUGCACGCACCGGCUGUGUGUAAAACCCUAGACGCGGAGGACGAGGAAGAGGAGGAGGAAGAAGAAGAAGAAGAAGUUUCGGCGAGCUUGAGAAGAGGAAUGGCGAGCUUUCAGGAAGCCCCGCCCGGCAAUCCCAAGGCCGGAGAGAAGAUCUUCAAGACCAAGUGCGCUCAGUGCCACACCGUCGAAAAAGGCGCCGGCCACAAACAAGGGCCCAACUUGAAUGGUCUUUUCGGAAGGCAAUCGGGCACUACUCCUGGGUACUCUUAUUCGGCUGCCAACAAGAACAUGGCCGUUAUAUGGGAAGAGAAAACAUUGUAUGACUACUUGCUUAACCCUAAGAAGUACAUUCCUGGGACCAAGAUGGUGUUCCCUGGUCUGAAGAAGCCACAGGAUCGUGCAGAUCUAAUCGCGUAUCUCAAGGGGGCGACUUCUUCUUAAUCCUUUGAAUUGCCAAAUGAAUCAGCCAUUCAUUAGCGAGAGAUUUGGGAGUUCCCCGGAUCUGAUGAUUUGCGGAAUUUUUUUCCUUAUACUUUCAUUGGAACAGAGGGAAAUUAGCUUCUUGGUGGAAUAAGACCAUGAGGGAAUGAAAUGUUGCCCUCCUUUCGGAACAGAUAGUCGAGGCCAAAACUGUUGUAUCUGCGAGAAAUAUUUGGGUUCAGUUGAUGAACUUGUUCGGGUCUUCUGAUAUGGUUGGUUUUUUAAGAGCUUUGGGGUGCUUAUAUCCAAGUU